UGUUUGAAAUGUAGAUAAGUCAUGGAGCAUAUCCUAACGUUAGAAGCAUGUCUAGUGUGCCUGGGGAAGUCUCGUAAAAAUAGUUAUAUCAUUUCAUUUCUAAUAACGACAAUAACAACGGUAUUAUAACCUCUAAAUUCAUUGCAUGUAUUUCUCCGGGUAUACCUAACAGAAAUUAAUGGCUCUAGUCGCUGCGUGGUUUAUCCUGGUCUUACCAGUUACGCAUAUAUGAGCCAUUCUUCUACCGUAAAAAACCGUCGAAACAAUAAUUUCGGACAUAGAAAUUCCAGUUGAGAUUGAAGCCAUUGACAAGAAUCGAUCGAAACGUGAUUACGUAGUGACAAUUAUUUAGCACCAUAAUGGACAGAACCAGGGUAUUAGAUUUGUCACGCCCACGACUAGAUUCUACAAAUGAAGUUAUUGACCUGACUGGUGAUUCUCCGGUUAUGAAUUCAGUGCAACCGAGGAUUAUACAUACUCGCAGUACUAUGCCAAGACCAUUACUAUCACCAUUAUCGCACUUCUUCUUGGGACGGUUAGAGACAUCUGAACGUACACCUAAUGUGCCAAGACACGUGCCUAACUUUGAAGGACACAUACCAAUAUCUCAGAAUGAUCUUGAGGAUCGAACCAGACCGCCACGAGAUGUUAUCAAUCUCCAAAGGCGCUUGUUGCCGCCCCAGGAGCCAAUAAGUCUUCCAAGAUAUAUGCCUCAGCUUCAUCUCUAUCCAUCCUAUACAGAAAGAAUUUCUGAGCCGGAUGAUCCCUUCAUUCAAGUUAUUGACCCAGAAGAACCUCAAUCAACGGUUAAUUCCGUCGCUAAUGAAGAAGAUUUCAGAGACAUCAACAGUUCACCAUCAUUUGAAGAAUAUAGCACAACUGUACCCUGCAUAAAUGAUUCGUCCAGUGGAGAACAAACUGUUUUAAGUUGUCCGAUUUGUUUUGAACCCUUAUCUGCACAGCAAAAACCAAUGACCACGACAUGCGGGCAUAUAUUUUGCGCAAUGUGCCUGAAAAAGACACUCCAUGGAUCUAGAAAUAAAACUUGCCCUAAAUGUAAUGCGCCCGUUAAGAUUAAAUCUUGUAUCAGACUUUAUUUUUGAAUAUGUUUGCAGGGAUGUAAUUAUAACAUUUAAAGUUGCUUCUGAAUGAUAUUGAUUGCUACUCGCAGAUGUUCAUUGUUAUUCAUAAUUGACAGAACAAAGAAUUCUUACAGAAAAAUAAUACAAAGUUUAUAAUGUACAUUGAACGGCAAAUCGUAAGUUCAUCGUUUCUUCGGUAUGAAUUUUCUACAAAUAUCUUUUCCGUCGUGCAGCGAGAAAGAGACUAUUCCUACCGAUCUGAUUCAUUUAGUUACUAUCAUUAUAAUCAUACGUGGCAAUAAUCGUCUAAUCUGUGAGUUAUUCUGAAUUGUAUACCCCUGAACAAAAAUGACAACAUAAACCAAUAUUUUGUACACAUUUUUUUUUUUUUUUUAAUACAUUGACAGCGUUGUACCGAGCCAUCGCUGUAAAAUGCGAUUGUUGGAAUUGUAAAUAAAUUGUUUCUUUCGUGAAA